CCCUUGAACUGCACAGAGAUUUUGCAUUGCACACAAAGCCGUUUUCUAUGAGCCUUUUCUAAAGCCGUUUUCUAUGAGCCUUUGUUGUGAUAGUAGUGUCUUAGUAAAGUCAGCUGUGUGCUUGUGGCCUGUAGUAAAACAGGAGUUCACCGGAAAACAACGGGGUUUUUUUCCGCCGUCGCGAAGUUGCUGACCUUCGCAUAUAAAUAUAGUCACGUUUUGCGCUGGAGUAAACAAGAGUUCGGAUCGCUGUUUUGAGAAACGUGAAAUUUGGCACAGUUCUGCCCAGAUAUAGGAGCCCUUACUCAGCCGCACUGCAGUUAGAUUUGGUGGUGCAAAGGUUGACAGUUGACAUGCGCCCUAUAAAUGUCACCAAGCCGUCUGUGUGUUGUCGUUUCAACAUGUACCGCUGCGUAAACUGCACGGCAGCAGCAGACUCGAGUAAAACGGGGGGCGGUGCACAGCCGUAUCGUGUAGUAGAGGGAAACACUGCGGUAUGUAACAUUUAGUAAAUACUACUCACGUCUCCCUUGAAAGUCGGUAUGCAGAGAAAAAAGAUGACUUUAGAGGUGGAACAGAAGGAGUGUUCGGAGAGGAAGAGGCGGGACUCAUUUGGAAUCUUAGACGGCUGCGACAGCUGCAGUGAGGGGUCCAGUAGUAGCUGCAGUUCAGAGGACAGCGAUGAGGAUGCGUGCCCACUCCCUGCCAGCCUACCCGUCAUCAAAACCAACGGACAAGUGUACACAUACCCCGAUGGCAAGGCUGGCAUGGGUCUGUCUACCUGUGAGAUGUGUGGCAUGGUCGGUGUAAGAGACGCCUUCUACUCCAAAACUAAGCGUUUUUGCAGUGUUUCGUGCUCAAGGAGCUAUUCAUCCAACUCUAAGAAAGCCAGCAUUCUGGCCCGAUUACAGGGCAAGCCACCAACAAAAAAGGCUCGAGUUCUGCAGAAGCAGCCACUGAUGGCCAAACUAGCAGCGUAUGCUCAGUAUCAGGCUAACCAGCACAGCCAGGUGAAGACCAAGGCAGCCGUGCCUCAGGACACUUUUGACUGGGGCGAUUACAUCGGGACUGGAGACAUCAAAGGGGCACCAGUCAGCUGUUUCAAACAUGCUCCCAUGGGGACCUCGUGGGAAGACAUCGCAGAGGGCCUCAGGGUGGAAGUGCUGAACUCUGACAACAGCUUUCCCAUGAAGGUGUACUGGAUAGCCAGCAUCAUCAAACUGGCAGGGUUCAAGGCCUUGCUGCGAUAUGAGGGCUUUGACAGUGAUGCUGGCCAGGAUUUCUGGUGUAACCUUUGUGUUCCUGACAUCCACCCCGUGGGAUGGUGUGCGUCUGGAGGAAAGCCCCUAGUACCACCCAGAUCAAUUCAGCACAAAGUGUCGAACUGGAAGGUGUUCCUUGUCAAACGCCUCACUGGUGCCAAGACGCUGCCAUCCAAUUUCUCUGCCAAGGUCCAGGAGAGCAUGCAGAUUCCCUUUAAAAAGCUAAUGAGGGUGGAGGUGGUGGAUAAGACCCACCUGUGCCGGACGCGGGUGGCUUUGGUAGAGCAGGUGAUCGGUGGGCGUUUGCGUCUCGUCUACGAGGAGAGCCAAGAUGGAUCGGACGACUUCUGGUGUCACAUGUACAGCCCACUGAUCCACAGCAUCGGGUGGUCUCGCAGCAUCGGACACCGCUUCAAACGUUCCGAUGUGUCGAAGAAACUGGAGGGCCAGGUGGAUGCCCCAGGCCAGCUGUUUGCUAAGGUGAAAGAUGUGGAUCAGAGUGGUGACUGGUUUAAGGAUAAUAUGAAGCUUGAGGCCAUAGAUCCUCUUAAUCUCUCAGCCAUCUGUGUUGCCACAGUGAGGAAGGUCCUGGCAGAUGGGUACCUUAUGAUCGGGAUUGACGGCUCUGAAGCAGCCGAUGGUUCAGACUGGUUCUGUUACCAUAGCACCUCUCCAUCCAUCUUCCCUGCUGGUUUCUGUGAAAUCAACAACAUCGAGCUCACUCCCCCCCGUGGUUACACAAAACUCCCAUUUCGAUGGUUCGACUACCUCAGCGAAUCAGCCUCGGUGGCAGCUCCUGUGAAGCUCUUUAACAAGGAUGUUCCCAACCACGGCUUUGUGCCCGGAAUGAAGCUGGAGGCAGUGGACCUUAUGGAGCCCCGGCUGGUGUGUGUUGCCACGGUGACACGCAUUGUACACAGGUUGCUAAGGAUCCACUUUGAUGGCUGGGAGAAUGAGUAUGACCAGUGGGUGGACUGUGAGUCACCUGACCUCUACCCAGUGGGCUGGUGCCAGCUGACUGGCUACCAGUUACAGCCACCCGCAGUGCAGGCAUUCCGGGAACUUUCUUCAAGUGUUACAAAGCAGAAGAAGAAAUCCCAGCAGUACAAAGGGCAAAAGAAAAAAAGGAAGAUUCCUAUUGGUAAGAGGCCAGUCAAUUUAUCUGUGAUUGGCCUGACACAGAGGAACCUGUCUGGGGAUGAGAACAUGACUCCACCUGAUUACCCAUCACCACCCACACCAUCAUCUGCUCCUGGGAACAUGCCCCUCACCUCUGCUGAUAGAGACCUGAGUGCAAACUACAAACCAGUUGCUGUUCUCCAGCUGAAGGAGGAGCCUGUGGCUAAGGCCGAUGGCGAGAUCACUUUUCGCCAGAAUGCCUCACUACUGGAUACCAACGGUUCUGACAGCUUCUUCCUCAAACAGGAACCGUAAGACAUACGUCUUGAGACGCACUCGACUGCCUGUGUCUGCAGUCUGUCAACAGCCCAGCGCUUAAUGGCAUGAAUGAGCAGUCCUGAUAAUCAGAAGACUAACUAAAAUGAAAAAGAUCCUCAUCUGUGCCAGUUUUCAGGCUUGCUGUCCCAGUUUCACUGUGAACAAUCCCUUUUAAAUUCCUCUUUUAUUAGGAUAGGAUUGCUAUUGGAAGGCUGUUUUUGAGAUACAAGGGUUUAAGUUGUAGGUAAAUUGUUGAGCUCAUAUUUAGCUGGCCAAGCGAUGGGUAAAGCGCAAAGCGCUUGUGUUAAACAGCAGCCAUAUAAGAACUUGCAUCAAAAAUAGUGUUUACAGUAAUCAUUUAUUUUUGUCUUUAGAGAUUUAAGCUGGGUUUUUUUUUGGGGGGGGGGGGGUCGUGUCUUUUUCAGUGUUUUCUUGUAUGCUGAUGACUGUCAUGUGGUAUGAAUCACAGAAGUAUUCAUUCUUUUCAGACAAGUAUGAAAAAGGUCAAAUGGCAAGCUGUAGAGUGAGCCACAUAUGAGACUGUCCAACUUUACACUUCAAACAGGAACAACAUCUGUCAACAGUUGGCCACAAUAGAGAGUUUUCAGACAAUGCUGAUUGUUUUACGGGUAAAGAGCAUUGUUCAAAACUUUGGCUUUUUACAGGCCAGAAUUUCAUUACAUACCACAUGUGUGUUAUUUGAACUGCAUUUGGCCACAAACGCUGGUUGAAUUUGUAGUCAGAAAAAAACAAUAUGCAAAUGCAGGUGCUAUCGUAAUGUUUUAUAGGCAUAAAAAAGAUUUUAAGAGUGAUCAUCUAUAUAAAUACUACAAUAUUGAAUAACAAAACAAAUAUAAAAAUAUCAAUCUGCAAAAUGUACAAAUAGCAUACAGAAACAGAAUUUUAUUUCAGAGCUGAAAACAUUUAUACUACAUAAAUUAAAGAUAUAUGUGUAGGUAUACUGCACACCAUUAAAUCAAUUUAUACAUCAGUAAUGUUAACAAACUGACACUCAGGAACUCAUGUUUGUGGUUUGUUGGUUUGCUUAUAGCAGGAUAAAGAAAGUGUUUUUUAGAUGUGAAUCUGUCUGUACUGCUCUCUCUAGUUAGAAGCUUGACAUUUGUUUCUCUUUUUAUGUAUUGGCACAUUUGACCUCAGUCUCUGUUUGGCCAUUAUUGUGUAUUCCACAUGUCUGUUUUGUUGGGAUAAUUAUUAGCUCAAUGUGGAUUAAAUGUUAUGUUAAUUAUAUUAGAAAGAAUAGUAGUUGGGACAGUUGAAGACAUUACUAAGCCUCCCAUUCAGCAAUAAGGUUAAUACAUGGUCAAUUACCCAGCAGUGAGGGGUAAGAGGUUAAUAUUUACUCUGUCUGAAAGCCCUGAUAAUUGUUCUUAUGCUGUUUGUAUUUAUGUGCAUCCUGCUUAGCUUUGAAAUUUUGAAAAUGGUUGAUAAAUUCUUCACGUUUGCUUUUUCCAACUGUGCUUAAGAGACCAAAAGAUGGACAAAUACUGUAAAAUGUUAUGGCGUGACUGUUGACAGGCAAAGGCCUGUGUACCAGAAUUGCAUUUCUGUGUCAAAAACUCUUGUAAUACAAUGAGGCAAGCAGAAUCCAACACACUGGUUGCACUGUUCCCAGGGGUAUGUUAAUAGAGGAAUAUGGAAUCCAUCAUCUCAGCACAAAGGAAACCCACACAGACAGUUCAGUGUUAACCAACAUCCUGUAUUCUCAUCAACAAGACACAUGGGAUGGAUACCUAUGGACACAACCUAUGUGCAAGCUGUUAGUCGUUUAUGUGAAAACAGCAUCACUGUAUUCUGGUGCUAAAUAUAUUUAAGUGAUCUUGUUUAAAAAAAGUUGGAAUGACUUCAGAAACUGUGAUCAUAGUUGAGAAUCAGUACCCUUCAUAUUUGUAUUCUUGUAUUUGCAAUAUGAUAUAUAGUGAUUUGUAACACUAAACAUCUGUCAUUUUGCAUGGAACUUAUGGGGAUAUCAAGAUGGAGGUUUUUAUAGUUCAGUGUUCUAAUUAUAUUUAUGUUCUUGGCUUCCAUUAAUAUGUGCUGUCAACAUGAGGUUUAUUAAGCUAUAUCAAAUAUGUAUAAAUCUAAAUAUAUAUGUAUUUGGAAAGAGAACUAUGGAUGUUUUUUUAAAUAAACUUACAUUUUUUGCUGCAUCUUGAAGUCCUAUGGGCAACUGGAUUUGGCUGAUCCUACUGGCUUCAAUACCUUUCAUUUGGUAUUGGAAGACACUGUAGUGGACAACCUCUUGAAUUUUUAUGCAAAUUCUGAUCAAAUCUUGUCCCUGGUUUCCCUAUACACUCACUUCCCACUUGGGGUAGGAGCACAUCUUAAAAGGUGCAAUUAAGAGGUUUACAAUUAGUCAUACAGACUGUGGGACAGACAUCUUGUCAGCUGGUCACUGAUGGAUCUAGACUAGUAGUAGUAUAGCAGUCUGUACAGAUUUCUUCAAGGGAGAAAGUGCUAUUGCAAGUCAGAACAGACAAGACCAUCUGCUCCAAACUGUAAAUAUACAAUGCAUUAUACAUUGAACCGGUCCUUCUAAGGUGAAGAACCAGAGCCUUUACCUCACAGUACCAAACCCACUCAUGAGCCAAGAACCUACUAUAGUGCCCCUCAAACUCUGAACAUACUUGGACCCAUCAUUGCUGCUCACAGCUUCAAGUGACAUGGUUAAGACUGCAGCACAAACAACUCCAGGAUUUCAUGUGGCUUUAUUCAGUAAGUGCUUCAGGCAUAACAAAUGGUACAAAUUCCUUGUCUACAGCAUUUUGGGAUGAAUGGUCCAGAAAGAAGGG